AGAAACUACGCAAUUCUCUUGGUGAAGCAAAUAAAAUAGUAAAAUCAAAAUCAAAGGCAUUAAAAGAAUCUAAGGAAUUUGAGAUCCUUGAUGAAGAGAUCAAACUAUAUUCAGCAUAUUUAGAUAAUGAUCUCAAUAGAAUAUCUAACUGUGUACAGUUUUUUAAAAAAAAUAAUGCGAUCGUUUCUGAGUUUCGUGCGAUAAACUUAUGGCUUCAAACACCAAAAUCAAUUCAAAUCGAGUACUGGAACGAGAAAUUGCAAUAUCUUUUAAGGAUAUGCAAUUUAACCUUUCCCUUUAUAGCCCCAUGCAAAGACAAUGCCAACAUUGAGAAAGUCCGUAAGGGUUUGGAGAACUUUUUCUUUAUAAGAGAGGUCAAAGACCGCAAGUCGAAACGAAAAAUUCUACCUGAUAGUCCCCUCCUUGAUCUUAUUAAUGAAGCUCAUCAAAAAAAUAAC